CCUAGCACUCUCACCCCGCACCUUCACGAAGUGCGUGGAUGCUGCCCUGGCUCCUAUGCGACUACAGGGCAUCCGCAUACUGAACUAUAUCGACGACUGGUUGAUUUUAGCUCAUUCAGAGCAGAUGGCGGCUCGGCAUCGAGAUGAAGGAACUGGGGUUAAGACUAAACGCCGAGAAAAGCGUGCUUUCUCCAGCUCAGAGAACCGCUUAUCUAGGCGUCGUGUGGGAUUCGACCACGAUGCAGGCACGUUUGUCUCCUGCUCAGAUCGAGUCGGUCCUCACAGCGGUCGCGAGAGUGAAAGUAGGCCGGUCACUCACUGUAAAGCAGUUUCAGAGACUGCUGGGCCUAUUGGCAGCUGCGUCCAACGUGAUACCGUUUGGCCUGCUGCACAUGAGACCCCUACAGUGGUGGCUCAAGACCAGGGGGUUUUUCCGAAACAGAGGAAACCCGCUCCGCAUGAUCAAGGUCACGCGGCGAUGCCGCCGUGCCUUAGCUGUGUGGAGAGAACCUGGGUUCUUGUCUCAGGGCCCGGUCCUGGGAGCUCCUGGUCGCCGCGUAGUGCUAGCGAUGGAUGCGUCCCUCACCGGAUGGGGAGCGGUCAUGAGUGGCCGUCCUGCCCGUGGUCUGUGGAGCGGCCGCCAUCUCACUUGGCACAUCAACCGCCUGGAGAUGCUGGCCGUGUUUCUAGCUCUGAAACACUUUCUCCCAGACCUAAGAGGCCGCCACGUGUUGGUGCGCACCGACAACACCACGGUGGUCUCUUACAUCAACUGCCAGGGAGGUCUGCGUUCGCGCCCCCUUUACAGGCUGGCGCUCCAGAUCCUUGUGUGGUCCCAAGGGAACCUCCUCUCAUUGAGAGCGGCCUACAUCCCUGGUCAUCUCAACGUGGGAGCGGAUGCCCUGUCGAGGCAGGGGCCGGAGGUGGUGGAGGUCAUAUGGUGUAUGUUCAGCAGAGCCCAGGUGGAUCUGUUUGCGACGCAGGAGACGUCGCACUGUCCACUUUGGUUCUCUCUGACUCAUCCAGCUCCUCUUGGACUGGAUGCCAUGGUACCUCCAGCUCGAUCUCGGGUCCCCUCGUGGGACCUGGCCGUGGUUUUAGAGGCUCUCUGCAAGCCCCCCUUCCAGCCCAUAGAGGAGAUUUCGGACCGUCUUCUGACGUUAAAAACUGCCUUUCUCUUGGCAAUUUCCUCUCUUAGGAGAGUGGGGGAUCUUCAGGCCCUCUCGGUGGCCCCUUCCUAUUUAGACUUUGUGCCUGGUUUGGCCAAAGCAUUCUUGUACCCCCGAGCGGGGUACGUACCGAAAGUCCCCUCCUCGGCACCACGGCCGGUCGUGCUGCAGGCUUUCUGUCCUCCUCCCUUCAGGGAGCCCGACCAUCGGAAGCUCAAUUGUACGUGUCCAGUGCGAGCACUGGACGCGUACGUCCACAGAACUGCCCUGUGGAGAAAGGCGGACCAGUUGCUUGUGUGCUUUGGUCCCUCUAAGAGGGGUUUUCCUGCUUCUAAGCAGACCCUCAGCCGGUGGAUUGUAGAAUCCAUUUCUCUGGCUUUCGAGUCCUCUGGUCUCCCCAGUCCUCUGGGGGUCAAGGCUCACUCUACCCGAGCGGUGGCGGCCUCUAAGGCCUUUCUGGCAGGUGUGUCCUUACAGGACAUCUGCAACGUGGCGGGAUGGUCCACGCCCCUGACCUUUGCCAGGUUUUAUGACCUAGAUACGCGAGCCACUCCCGGCUCCUCUGUCCUUGUGCCUUAGGCUUGCCUCCUCCUGGAGGCAGGGACUUGUAAGUCUGGCGGCGUGGGUAUACUCGUUCCCAUAGCGUUUCGUGACGCAGCUCGAGUUCCUGAAGGGGAACGUCUCCAGGUUACGUAUGUAACCAUGGUUCCCCGAGGGAACGAGACGCUGCGUCUCGGUGCCACACUUCCGGCGUCCCUGCGGCGCUUGCUUCAUUUUCCAGUAAGCUAACGUAGGGCUCGUCGCUCAGGCUUUUAUGCUUCCGGGUCGCUACGUCACCCCGCCCGUGACGUCUCGCCCAUCCAUUGGACGGAUUAGACACGUGAUUCAGAGCGCGGUCACGCGGGGGCGUUCCCAUAGCGUUUCGUGACGCAGCGUCUCGUUCCCUCGGGGAACCAUGGUUACAUACGUAACCUGGAGACGUUUUCUUCCUCAUAUUGUCUCAGGGAGUUUUUCCUUGCCACCAUCACCUCUGGCUUGCUCAUUAGGGAUACAUUUAUGAAUUUAAAAUUUAUAUCUGGAAUUUAUAUUCAUGUAAAGCUGCCUUAUCACAUUGUUAAAAGCGCUAUACAAAUAAAAUUGAACUGAAUUGAAUAGUGUGGUACAGCAGCUUAAAGGCCCUCCACUGGGUGGUGAAAAUGCCCAACACAUCACUGGUAUCCAGCUACUGUCCAUUGCAGACAUCUAUCAGACACUGUCUAUGGACAAUGAAAUGUAUCAUGAAGGACAUUUUGAAUCCCAACCAUAGACCACGUGAAGUGGCAGGUGAGGUGAUGUGGCAAGGAAAAACUCCCUGAGACAAUCCAGAUCCUGUAGCAUCUGGGAAGUGCUACAGGAGCCUCUGCUGCUGUACCAGCAAGCUAAGAAGCAUCUUCUUCACCUUGGCAAUCAAUUUACUGAGCUCCUCACAAUGCCACCAAACCCCACACACCAGAUUGCACUCAGUACAACAUAAAAAAAAUUCUUUACAGAAACCUGGACCAAACAUUACACAAGAGCUCCACAUAGUUGCCACAGGAACCAUAAAACAUUAGAACAUCCCUGACCAGAGGAUGAAUUCUCUUAGCCAAGAGGAACCCUGCUGAACCUAUUGAUUUGGGCCGUUGACCAAAACCAGAUGGCUGGUCCACAGGAUAAAACUCAAGGACCCUUAGCCAUAAAUCUGAUAACCUGGGGGGGGACACACCCAGGCAAGUUCUUUCUUGACUUCUCAUAUUCCACAGACUGCAACAGUACACUCCAUAUAGUCUACGAUGACUGUGAACAUUGUAGACUAUAUGGACUAUAUGAUACAUUAACAACUGCAAUUUAUUUUGUACUUAUCAAGCUUAUAGUCACAAGGUUACCCUUAUUCAUUUGCUUAUUUAGCAUGCAUUAUUAUGGUUGAUCAGGGUGUUUAUAACAACUAAUAUAUGUCUUGUUUGGUAAGUGCAAGGAAAGGAGAGCAAGGAAAUUUAGGUAGAAUGUCAUUAUAUGCAUGUGUUAGUAUUUGGGAUAUAGUUUGAUCUACAGUUCAUGAAAAAGUGUGAAAGCACAUGACUGCAGAAACAAUAGACUGAUUAUCGUCAUAGGCGGACAAUAUGUCUUACACCCUGCCCUAAGACAAUGUUUCAUUGUUGAGUCGAGCGGAGUCGAGAGGAGUUGAGUCAUCCAUUAAGAAUCACUAAGAGCACCAAGAGCUCUGAUUUAAAGUUUUCGCCCCUCAACAUCAUGAGGAGUUCACGCUCACUCUGAGACUCCGCAUCAAGACUGGCUCCUGUAAAGCCUCCAACUCCUGCCUUUGCACCACCGUUUCACUCAUCAACGCUCUUUUGCAGCCUGCCUAUCAGACUCUGCUGAGUGCGCUCCUCACACCAUUCACCAUCCUGAAUGCUUUCCUGAGACUCCACUGAAGAGCUGACCAGACUGGUGAAUCCACAUUGUCGGGAAACCCCUCCAGACAAUGAUGCAAUGAGGGAAUCCCCAUUCAAAGAGACAAUGCAAACACAAGUACAGUACCUCCAGAUUCUUGCUGAACUGGUGCUUUUAAUACAAAGUUUAAAGCAUUUCUAAAGAAAGGAAAGAAGGUUAAAUUGAUAAGUUGAUGGUUCAUUCAGGUCAUGGUCUGAGAAACAGCAUACAGUGCUAGAAACUCAGGAUUUCAGUGUGUGUGUUUGUUAGAUUAGUUUCUGUGUUUCAGAAUACUGUAAUAAAGUCUCGUCAGAUUUUAAAGGCAAGUGUCUUGUGACUCUGUGUUUAUAAUUAGUGCAUUAAAAUGCUGAUCUUUUAAUCAUGCUCUUAACAUAGUCUUUUCACUAUAUUUAGGAUACUAUUGCCAUGGCUACAGAGGUAAUAUCCCAUGCACAAUUAAUAAAUACAUUAAUUUCAACUUAUCGCAUAUCACGUAUUGAAUUGUUGAUUAGUCAUUGGCCAUUAAUAUCCAUAGAAUAGAACAACAAUUCUAUUGCCUAGCAGGCAUUACAUAUUUGUACUAGCAGGAGCAUAAUUUGGUGGUUAGCACAGGUAUAUUGCUAUUUGAGUUUAAUCCAAUUUUUAUUGUUUGCAUUCAGUUGCUAUUUUUGUGAACAGAAAAAGAGCCCUUCCAAUUAUGUGAGUUGAACAGCACAAAACAGGGUGCAUUAUUUAAAAUCUAACAGUACAGUCAGAUUUUAUUUGUGUUACUGUCUCUUGAGCCAGAGAUGAUACUUUUCUGGUUAUCACUGGAAUAUUGCUACUAGUCUGUGGUGUAAACCAAUUUUUUUCUGGGCUCAACUGCAUUCGGAUUUUGCUUGUUUGUCCCAAGUGUAAAAGCAAUGCCAAGAGGAGUUCAAAUGCACACUGUCCCAUUUCUUACAAGUAUUAAUGUUGCUCACAUUCAGUCUAAAAAUACUUUAGCUAAGUAGUAAUUAAAUACAAUGAAUUAAAUUAUUUUAUCUUUUAUUACUUUCUUCUUCUUUUAACAAAAAAGAACUAAAUUUUCAGUUGUAGUUACUAAGGACAACUUCACAUCAAAAUCUAUGAAGAGGUGUUCAAGGAGGUCUCAAAUUAAAUUUUAAUAAGCAUUUCAAACCACUUAAUUUUAAUCCUUAACUUAAUAAACAAUGCAACAGUGUGUUAAAACAUAACCAGAUCCCUGAGAUGUUUAUUUAUUCCUCUUCAGUAGCUGCAUUUUCUGGGUCAGAGUCACGGUGGAUCCAUGCUGUUGAACUAGUGGUGUUUGUGUGGCCUAUAUCGUUUGUGUGCUCCCUGUUUUGCUGGGAGUUUCUUGCCUGAGUCGGCAUUUAAAUUAUACCAUUUUUUUCUUUUUCAUCAAUAAUUUUGCGCUAUCAUUUUCAUCUGUUGUAUUUUUCACUUUCCCUUUUUGUUUUUUUUCGAAGAACUUGUUUUUUUCUAAAGACAGCAAUCAGAGGCCAUCCACGCUGGACCCAUCUAACAUCGCAACAACUCUUCGACUAAGUUUUUCCUUAGGUAAAGGAGCAGAUCUGGAUGGUUCGCGGGCCUGAGAUGUUUGGAUGCUGUCGCCCCUCCACUCUCACGUGUCACUCAGGUUUGUUGAUGGUGGAGUGGCUGGCCACUUUAUAUCCCAGGGUGCCCUCAUGUCUGUGUUACCUUCUGGCUCUCCCUUUUAGUUAUGCUGUCAUAGCUAGUCUUGCCGGAGUCCCUGCUUGCACUCUGCACACAAAGUACAUUGUCCUUAACCAUUAUGGGACAGUAAGCAUACCUAAUAAUUUCUCCCUCUCUCUCUCUCUGUCGAGCUACACAUGCUACUCCUGAGAUACCAGUGAUCCUGACCCCUUCUGCUCUCUGGACCUGCUUGAUCCAUCCUGAUCCAUCCACUCCAACUUCUGGUUGGCGUUCUCAUCAAUUGGAAAUCACGCGCUGCUGCUGAGGAUGUCCCCACAUGUAUCGCCUGAAGAUCAUUGAGAUUACUGAGGAUGGUACCACUUAAAAACCAUGAACAUGCCUUUGGACCAUAAUUCAUAUGAACAGUUAUGCUAUGAUGGCAUAGGACUACAAUUGCUAUUAUAGCGUUAGGACUGCAAUUGCCACAAACGGUUUUGCACUCAAGUCUCCAUCAGUGAACAGUGGAUAAGUUCAACAAACCGACUUCAUGUAGAAAUGAAUUUCCUGGUUACAUCAUUGCACUAUUUGUCCAUGUACUACACAGUUAUAGAAGGGAUUUAUUUAUGAUUUCAUUAUCUGUCAUCACCCAGAUGACAAUGUGUUCCCUUUUGAGUCUGGUUCCUCUCAAGGUUUCUUCAUCAUAUCAUUUCCUCUGGCUUGCUCAUUAGAGAUAAAUUCUACACUUAAAAUGUAUAUCUUGAAUGCAUUUAUUUCUGUAACGCUGCUUUGUGACAAUGUCCAUUGUUAAAAGUGCUAUAUAAAUAAAUUGAAUUGAAGUGAAUUGAAUUGGAUCUGGAACUUAUCCAGGCUGGGAGGCAGGAAUACACCCUGGAUGGAAUGUCACUCCAUUGCAGGGUACCAUGCACAUACAUAUUCAAAUACUUAUUACACCAACAAGGCAAACCAGUAUAUACUAAUAGUUUACAGUCAAAUCAUGUUAUUGAUGUUAUGUACAAUCAUUACUAUAAUUAAAUAUUUAAAUCUUCUCUCUUAAAUAUCUACUCAUUUGAUUUGAAUGGCCACAUUGAAAUAGCACAUUGAAAUAGCUGUUUAUCAAAGAUGAUGCCCACUGGAAAAAAUGUAUUGCAGUCAUCGAAAUUUCAAAAUUAUUUUGUCUAUAAGGAGUAAAUGGAAACAAGGAGUAAAUGGAAACCAUAACAUCACAGUACAGUGCAAACUAUGCCUUCCAGCUGUGAAGACGCUGUCUUUAUUGAAGGACCUGAUAUCCAAUUUAAAGAACCAUUUAAGCAUAGAAAUCAUGUAAGCUAGGUUAGCUGAAAUUAUUUAGUGUUAGUUACUGCUUUGAAAUUUGCUGAUUUGCAUGAUCACAGUUGUAAGUAACGCUGCCAUUACCUGGGAACGUCCUGUAUUUUGGUAGAAAUUAACAUGAUUCCCCCUAUGAUCACAUGACUCUAUCCAUUCCUGGUACCCUGGAUGCCUAGCUGUCAAAGCCAGUAAGGGGAACUCCCGCCAACCCCCCAAGGUCGAUCGGUGAAAUGAAGAAAGAUCACGGCCUUGAUUAGCAUGUUUUUUGAAAUAGCCUAAUGUACAUGUAGAUGGUAUAGACUUUUUUAAUGUUGUGUUUGAUGGUAAUGAUGUUAUUUCCUUCUACUUGUUAACAUUAGUUAAUGGAAUUUGAAUGUACAAAGAACUGAAUUUUUUGCUGAAUCAAACUUUUAAACAAAUAAAAACGUGUUUAGUAAGGACAUACUCUAUAACAAGAUCUAAGAUCAUGUUGCAAAAUUAUGAAAAUUAAUAAUAUUUUCAAUCUUCAAAUUUUAGAUGGUCAAUGCACUUGCAGAUAUGUACUCCACUGUCACUUCUCAUUUCCAUCAUAACUUCAGCUGAAACUCCGAAAGUUGUUCUCUGAAAUGCUUUUGUGAUGUUGCUGAUGUUGUUCAUAUUGCAUUUCUCUCGACUUUAUUUACAUAUGUGACCUUGAAGUAAUCCAAAACUAAUCAGAUUAGAUUACUUUCAUAUUGUGAUACUUGGGUUACAUUACUGAUUACAUGUUUAUGAAGUAAGUUGUAACUGCAUCAGAAUACAUUUUUAAAGUCACUCUCCCAGCCCUGAUCUUUAACCUGUCUUUUUUUUUUAAUUUAAGUGUGGAUUGUGAACUGUUCACUUUCAAAAUAAAACCAUACACACUUUGUAAGUCUUUACAUUUGGGUAAAUAAUAGUAAAGAUGCUGUAAAAUCUAUGUGACAGUAAACAGAAAACAUUUGUUGUAGUUUUUUUUGUUAAUCAUUAAAAUAUAAAAUAUAAACUUUAUAAGUGAAAUCUAAGCAUACAUUACUAGGAAAUAGCCACUGUUUUGCAUUGUGCACACUUACCAUUUUAAAAGGAAUGUGAGAGGACUGGAAGGAAUGUGUUCCACAUUUUCAAACUGUGAUUAUAUUCAUGAAAAUACCAAAAUAUACCUACAUGCAGACUCUGAGUUGUGGAUGUUGGCUGGCUUGCUAUAUUUCUGACUAAAAACUGACUUCUGAAUAUUACCAAAUAUUAUGAAAUAAAGGUUGAACUUUUAUAAGCUAACUACACCAACUAACACUACACCUAACUACAGUAAACUUGGAAAUUGAACCAGAUGUGAAAUCAAUAGAGUGAUGAUGAUAAUGAUGAUAGCAGUGAAGAUGAAUAAAAGGCAUAC